AUGUCCAGCCAAGACUCUUCCUCGUCACCCGCAUCCAGUACUGUCGACAUAAACUGGGAAAGUCCACCUCAGCACACACUUACACCCAACGAGGGCGCCACUGAGUUACCAUCUCAGCAGAAUGACGGUAGCCAAGAUGUAGUUUCAGAGGCUGUUGAGCUUGAGGCGGAUUCCAAUGCUGAGCACUUGACUUCUAACCUUGAACCGGCCCAACCGAAAUCACAUACGACUUCAACCACCCCCACUACCCCCACUUGUGAUCCUGCCCUGCCAAUUGACCAUAACGGCUCUACUCAGACGGGAAAUCGCUUGUUUCGUAUCCAUCAAUUCAAACUAAACGAAUUUGACCGCCUACGACCGAAGCUCGAGCAAGCCACAAAGGACGACAAAGAGCGCAAAACGGUCAAGCUCCAGGACGACGCUGACGACUUUUAUAACCUUUUACUUGUACUCUACUCUUCAGUAUACGAUCUCCGUUUUUUUAGCAGUGAAAUCCUCAAAUCAACCCUCAAACUUGCAACCAAGUACGCCCACCCUACUCUUCGCGCGUUUGCCAUCAACGAACUCGAGAAACACGAAUUGGAACCCAUUGAUCGAUUUGAACUCUCUCGUCACUGUGGUGUUGCCGAAUGGAUGCCCAAGGCAAUUGACGAUCUAUGUUGGCGAGAAGAGCCGAUCACUGUAGCCGAAGCAAGGAUUCUGGGCCCUGAAAAGCUUGUUGAAAUAGCUACUAGGCGUGAGGGAAUCAAGUUUGAGAGGGGGUCGCGCGUCAACAUUAGCGGUGGGUUGUCAAGACAAACAAUUGAAAAUAAACCCGAACUACCGCCAGCAAUUCAACCUAUAUCGCAAGACCUCGGGGGCAUUCUUGUGGCCGGUAGUAGCCUUCUGGAGGCGACCUCGCAGGUUGCACAUUCUACGUCCCAAGAAAGUCACCACACAACCAGUCCCCCCAUUGAUAAUACUUCAACAAUUCCUUUAUCUGGCAAGGUAUCAAGUGACACUCCUAAAACGCGGUCCACUGCCACCGCUCCAGAGUUCACUGGGUUUAGUCCUGGACCCUUUUCAUUUGCGUUUGAUGCCAAAGGCUCUGUAUCUAAGGCCUCAGGUCCAGCCAGACAAAUCAAGAACCUUCGAAUGGAUAGAAAGGGCCGUGCUGAUUGA